UCAGAAAGUAGAUCUGCUGUUUUUUUUUCCUCAUCAUGGUGGACUUUCUGGCAGAGAACAACCUGUGUGGUCAGGCCAUCCUGAGGAUCGUGUCCAGAGGAAAUGCCAUCAUAGCAGAAUUACUCAGACUCUCAGAAUUUAUUCCUGCAGUUUUCAGACUCAAAGACAAGAGCGACCAGCAGAAAUAUGGAGACAUCACCUGUGUGACAUCAGCUGCAGGAUUUAGCAGGAAUCUUCUGUUUCUUCAUUGCAGAAUUUUCUGACAGUCUUUCAGAGGAACAUCCUGAAGGACAAAGCUGUGGUUGACGUCUUUAAAGCUCUGCUGACGGCUGUCAAUCCCGUCAAAGGCAUUGUGGCAAAUGCAAGCAAAGUCUACAUCAACGCUGUGGCCAAAACCCAGAAGAUCUGGCCAGCGUAUCUGGAAGCCAUCAUGAAGGUGCUGCUUUCUUUUAAUCUAUGGAUUCAUCUUUUUCAGCAUCACUAUUCCAGAUCAAUCAAUGAUCCUUUGACAGGUGGGUCAGAUGCAGAUCUUGAGGCAGCAGAUAGCUACUGAACUGAACUACUCCUGCAAAUCUGAUUCAAGACACCUCGCUGCGUGUUGGGAAUGAUGUUUCCUCCUUAUUUAUUUCUUAGCACUUGGGCUGGUUUUAGCUUCUCCCGCAGACAUCUUCCAGUGUUCGUCAGCAUCGCUCAGCUGCCAAAACUGCAGUACAACACAAGCCAAGGGAUGACGUGCAGGAAGGCUGCAGAUCCGCUGGACUGGGCUCCUCUGGUGUUGGGUCUCCUGACGCUGCUCAAACAGUUUCACUCCAGAGACACCCAACACUUCCUGGCUCUGAUCGGACAGUUUAUUCACUCCAUAAUGGAGCAGUGCACCAGAUAUGCCUUCAGAUGUAGUCGGAGCAUUAAUGUUUCUGGAGGACUAUGUGCAUUAUACUAAACUGCCCAGAAAU